AUGGCGAAUAACGCGCCAGCGUCUUCUGCCAUCAGCCCUAACAUGCCACUCCCGACUGCCAGUCUUUCGUACUGGCAACGAACUACACGAGCAUUCAAGUACUUGAAUCACAAUCAAAGAAACACUCCCCCUAUCUCUGCUACUUAUGUUAUUAUCGGAUCUGGCCUGACGGGCGCCUUGGUGGCAUACAACCUCGUCGCGCGAGGGGUUCAAGCCGAGGAAAUUCUUAUGCUCGAAGCUCGCGAGGCUGUCUCUGGAUCUACAGGCCGCAAUGCCGGUCACAUUCGACCAGAUGCUUUUCGCAACUUUUCGACUUAUCAGGCUUUGCACGGUAGUGAGCAAGCACUCAACAUUGUGGCUACAGAGGAGAAGAACCUGAAGCUUCUAGCGGCAUUCAUUCGGGAUAACCAGAUCCAAUGCGACUUCAAUUUGACCACUACAUUUGACGUGUGUCUGGGGCUUGAUGCUGUUGAAGAUGAGGAAAAGAAUAUCAAAGACUAUCUUGACGCGGGCGGCAAUUUGGCGAGCCUUGACGUCAAAUGCUGGUACGGAGCUGCCGCAGAGGAAAGAAGCUCGUGCCCGGGGGCUGCGGCUGCGUAUGAAUGGCCGGCCGCAUCUGUUCAUCCCAUGAAGCUCGUCCACUGGAUUCUCCACCAUGUCAUUGAACAGGGCGUUCAACUAUGGACGCACUGUCUCGUGGAGAAGAUACGACAGGACGGUGCCGGACUGCAUGUGCAAACCAGCCGGGGCGUCGUCUCGGCAGAGAAGGUGGUUCACUGCACCAACGCAUAUGCCGGAGGUGUCUUGAGCCAGUUGACUACGGAGCGACUCGCGCCUUUCGCGGUCCAGGUCGCAUCCGUGAUUCCCCCCUCAGUGGCGUCCGGCCACAAGUCUUUCCGGAGCACCAUGGCGCUACGCGAAAGCGCACGCAUGUUUUACGGCUUCUGUCAGAAGCCUGUGGACGGAACCGUGGUUGUGAGUGUUGGUAGACCUGUCGGCAAGGGCGUUCAGGCCGAGGAGUCGCAGACACCGGAGGUCGCAGAAGAAAUCAUGCAGAGAUUGUCCAAGCUUUUUGGGACCACUCAUGAGCCAGAACGCUCUGGGGAGGGCCUUGACGCGACUUGGACAGGUCUUAUCUCUUUCACGCCGGACAAAGUACCCUAUGUAGGUGACAUGGCCGAGCUGCCCGGGCAAUAUAUCUGCGCCGGCUUCAACGGUCACGGCAUGGCUAACAUAUUUACCUGCGCAAGCGGCAUCGUGGGCCUGUUGUUGGGUAGACCAUGGGAAACUACACAGCUGCCAGAUUGUUAUCGGUAUAGCCAGGCGCGGCUAAAUAAGACUGCCAAAUAA